AAUGCAGUUUUGAGUAUAGUUUUUCCCACACCUCCUGAAGCAAUGAGUGGGUCUAACUUGGUCACCUCCAAGGCUCCAACAUCUCAAAAUUCAGCAACUACGAUAACAUCAUAUGACUUUAGGAUAAAAUGAACGGUGAGCAAAGAAAUGAAGGGGCGCGUUCAUACCAGCAGACAUUCACACAGCCCGAUAUCUUUGAAUCUUCUGUACUCUUUGACAAUUUAGGAAUUAUCGAAAGUGGACAAUUGAGCACGCUAGAUAAUUGGACCGCAGAAACCAUAAUGGACAGGAUGAAAAGCAACAAUUCAGAAAUCAGAUUCCAGAUUAAAUGUAACCCAGUCAACCAAAGGAGUGAUGUUGGCUAAUCCCAAAUGGGACUAUCAUUUAUAAGCUUUGUAAAGAAAGAACUAGUAAUGAGACAACAAAUGCCAUUGAUGGGAAUGGCGGCAAAAAGAAUGAAUGUAAUUAGUCAUGCUACAAAAAUGAAAGAGGGUAGAUGAACCCGUAUGGACAGUAUGGUAGUUACAGUCUGAAGAAGGAAUCUUUCUGGAACUACGUGAAGAGAGUUACAACAUCUCUACGGUAUCCUCUUACAAUCAA